AUGCUGACCACUAUUAAAGAGGGGUUGGAUGACUAUGGGCGUCUUCGGCGCGAUGCCAUUGCCAAUUCGCAAUUAUAUACGAGAAUCUCUCUCAAAAAAAGCCCGGAAACCUCAAAAUCCUCAGGGGCGCAUUCGCCGAAUCCAGGCGUGCUCGAAUCGAUCCCGUCGUCCCAGAUAUGUGUCGGUGAUAUUCUUCAGAUCGAGCGAGAUCAACGUGUACCUGCAGACAUGAUUCUACUCCAGACUUCGGAUCGAAGCACUGGAACUACUUUCAUUCGCACAGACCAACUUGAUGGUGAGAUCGACUGGAAACUGCGGCUAGCGGUACCAUUGACACAGCAGUGUCCCUCUUUACGUGCUUUUCUUCAAGAGCGAGGCAUUGAAGUACACGCAGAAUUACCUUCAAAGGAUCCGCAUAGCUUCCAGGGUACCAUCGCUGCCCGUGGCAGCAGCGCUGCAGAGCCCUUGGGCGUCGAGAAUACGAUGUGGAUGAAUACAGUGUUGGCUGCAGGAACCGCUAUCGGGGUAGUCAUAUAUACAGGUAGAGACACCCGAGCGGUGAUGAACACCUCCACCUCGUCUACCAAGUGGGGAUUGAUCGAUAUCGAACUGAAUUCCAUUGCAAAGGUGCUGUUUAUGAUUUCCCUGGCAAUGUCGUUAAUGAUGGUUGGAUUGAAGGGCUGGACGGGGCCGUGGGUGAUUUAUCUUGUACGCUUUUUUAUUCUCUUCUCAUCUAUCAUCCCGUUAAGCUUGCGGGUGAACCUAGACAUGGCACGCAUGUUCUAUGCGCGGCAGAUCGCUGCCAGAAAUAAAGACGAGCGUUUAGUUGGCGAGAUCAUUGUUCGAAACACUUCUAUUGCAGAAGAGCUAGGGCGUGUGGGCUUUCUACUAUCUGACAAAACAGGAACAUUGACAAAAAAUGUCAUGGUAAUGCGCAAGUUGCACCUUGGCACACUCUGUUUCGCGACAGAGUCUUUUCCAGAGAUUUCACAACAUUUGGUACACUACGCUCUGGGUGCAUCGGGAGCGCCUUCACUAAGCACCCCCAUAUCCCCUCAGUGCACUAGUCCUGUAUUAUCCACUGGUCCUAUUCCGAUCUUAAAUUCGCAGGCCGUAGGUUCAAUAGCUCAUACGCAUGCGUAUGUGCGACGUGGACGUCGUGACAUGAGUGCACGCGUUCACGACUUGGUCCAGGCAUUGGCUCUUUGCCACAAUGUUACUACGGCCGGGGGCGAAGAUUCCACACCGUCUGGCAGUGAAAUAGCUUAUCAGGCCUCUUCGCCAGAUGAGAUAGCUAUCGUCAACUGGACACGCAGCGUAGGAUUAGUACUUGUUGCCCGUAAUCGAGAGGCAAUGGUCCUGCGACGCGAGGCUGAUGGAUCAUUGCUUACCUAUUCCAUCAUUACACUUUUUCCGUUUUCUUCAGAAGCGAAACGCAUGGGCAUCAUUGUGCGUGAAACCUCUACAGGUGAAAUUUUCUUCUUCCUCAAAGGCGCUGACAUGGCUAUGACACCGCUGCUCGCACCCUUGCGUAACACCGAUUGGUUGCAGGAGGAGUGUGAUAACAUGGCACGCGAAGGUCUACGCACGUUGGUGGUGGCUCGCCGGCGGCUUUCAGAAGAACAACUCGCAGCCUUUUUGGCACGCUAUGCUGAGGCAUCUUUAGUACUGAGCGACAGGGCAGCAGCAAAGCAACAGGUUGUCCGUCAACAUUUAGAGACAGAGCUCGAGUUGCUGGGCAUCACUGGUGUUGAAGAUCGGCUGCAAGAUGAUGUACGUGUGACGCUGGAGAGUCUACGCAACGCCGGUAUUCGCAUAUGGAUGCUUACGGGGGACAAGGUUGAAACAGCAACAUCAAUUGGCAUCUCCUCAAAGUUGAUUGCGCGUGGCCAAAUGGUGGUGCCAGUGCCACGGCUACAGACGGCAGAAGAAGCACAGGCACUCUGCGAGCUUAUGGCGGCGCGAUCAGAGGCAGCUUUUGUGAUCGAUGGGGCAGCUCUACAAUUAGUACUAGGUACGCCCACACUUGCUACCCAGUUCAUUACUGCUGCUGCGCGAAUGGCAACGCUGAUCUGUUGUCGCUGCACACCGCAGCAAAAAGCGCAUGUGGCGACACUAUUGAAGCAACAUACACGGGCUUUGCGUGUAUGUUGCAUCGGAGAUGGAGGCAACGAUGUCAGCAUGAUCCAGGCGGCAGAUAUUGGCAUUGGGUUGGUUGGCCGUGAAGGCAUGCAGGCAUCAUUGGCCGCAGAUUAUUCGCUGGAGCGCUUCUGCGAUCUUUCGCGUCUUCUUUGUAAGCACAAUUUUUUACUUUAG